ACUGUGUUAUCAAUGACGAUUUUUUCAUUUCGAAUAAUUCAACUAUUUUCAAUCUGAUUUCUGAUUUCUGAAUUUUGUAUAAAACUGUAAGAAAAGUUGAAGUGUGCGACAAACGUUUUUAAUUAACAUAAAUCUUUCUCAAUAAUAAUUUAGCUGUCAAUCGUCUAGUUUACUACUCAUCAAUCAGAAUGCCACCUGGUCACACAGAUCCUCGCAGAGCUGAUAAAAUCCAUAGAUAUAAACCUUUUCUGAAUGGACGAAUUGCCCCUGGAAUUGAUGAUUACAGUGCAGAUUAUGCCAACAUUUUAGCUAUGUUGUUCAGUAUGUUAGGAUUGAUGAUGAAGUUGAAAUGGUGUGCUUGGGUAGCAUUAUAUUGCUCCGGUGUUAGUUUCGCUAAUUAUAAGAUAAAUGAUGACAAAAAACAAAUAUUUAGUAGUUUCAUGUUAUCGUUUUCUGCCUUAGCCAUGUGCUACAUUCAAGAUCCAAGGCCAAUGAAUAUACCGUGGAUUUCUCAUUAAUAUAUCUACGAUGGCUGAAUUUAUAAUACUAAAAAUAUUCCCGGGUUGUUUAUUGGUGUAAUAUGAUGUAUCAAAUGUAUAUAAUGGAGCAAAUGUUUUUAUUCAACUUUUUUUUACAAGCAAUUGUUAUUUAAUUAUUAGUAGUUCUAUGCCUAUUUAUAAAUAAAAAAGAAGUCAUAAAAAUCA